GUGCACGGUGACGGUCUCGAAACGUCGCGUUUGUGCUGUGUUUGUGUUGAUUGUCCGCAGUCCGCUGGAUUAUGGGCCGCGUUGACAGGUAGCCUCCUCAGUCGCAUCAUCGUCGUCGCAUCAUGCUGAAGGAGCGCGAGUCCAUCGAACGCACGAUCUCUUCGCCUUGCUCCAGCCUCGGUGGCGCAUCAACCAUCGACGGCACCACGUGUGCCGGCUGCGGAGGAAGAAUACAAGACCGGUACUACCUCCUGGCUGUCGACAGACAAUGGCAUGCUUCUUGUUUGAAAUGUUGCGAAUGCAAACUGCCUCUGGAUACCGAGCUGACUUGUUUUGCCAGAGAUGGCAAUAUCUACUGCAAGGAAGAUUACUAUCGGAUGUUUGCCGUACCGAGGUGCGGUCGCUGCCAGGCCGGCAUCUCCGCCAACGAGCUGGUGAUGAGAGCCCGCGAUUCUGUCUACCACCUCCACUGCUUCUCCUGCACGUCCUGCGGGAUCCCCCUGUCCAAAGGAGACCAUUUUGGAAUGAGAGACGGACUGAUUUAUUGUCGGCCGCACUACGAACUUCUGGAUUACUGCGAUACGAGCGAUCCCGUUGAAAUGAUGUUCAGGGGGAGUGAGUCGCCCCCGGGAUACUACGGGAAUACGCCGCCCCAGCACCAUAAGGGGCGACCAAGGAAAAGGAAGUUGCCGGUGGACGACAGAUCGCCCUGUGGGGAGCUUCCGGUUACAAUGAGGAUGGCAGCUGCUACAUUGGAGAUGCUUCAGCAAGGGGACCUGUCCUCGUCCAUGGAAUCCCUCUCUUACGACUCGUCGGUGACGUCCCCAGCCUCCAGCAACGGCCACCAGACCCAGCGCACCAAGCGCAUGCGGACGUCCUUCAAGCACCACCAGCUGCGCACCAUGAAGACGUACUUCGCCAUCAACCAGAACCCCGACGCCAAAGACCUGAAGCAGCUCGCCCAGAAGACGGGCCUGUCGAAGAGGGUGCUGCAGGUGUGGUUCCAGAACGCGCGCGCCAAGUGGCGGCGGAACAUCAUGCGCCAGGAGAGCGGCCAGACGGGGGGGCAGAACGGCGGGCAGGGGCCGCCGUCGGUGGGGUCGGGGGUGCUGGGGGAGAACAGUAUGUCGCACCAGGGGUUGGAGGACUUGCACCACCACCUGCAUUCGCAGAAUUCGCAGACUUUGACUUUCAGUGAUAUUUAUUAGGGUGACACUGUGUAGGGUAGUUAGGCACACACGCAAUGUUCCUUAUGAUUAGUGAUAAUUGGAUGAUUUAGAGGUGUUUUCUGUUGAGAAGGUGGGAUGUAGUGAAUGAGGUAGGUUAGGUCGCACGCUGUUUUAUUAUGAUUGUAGAUAUGUCGUUGUUUGUACAUAAAAUUGUGCGUCGAUAGGUAUAAGUGAGA